AUGGUUUCCGCCUACAUUCAUCGUUCAUCCCUUCCAUGUGCUCAACCGCAAUGGUAUUUGGGACCCAAGAGUAAGCAGUCCCUUAUUAUCUAAUGAUAUAUUACAAGACUAACAACUUCUUUCUUUUCAGUCAACUAUUUGUUCACCCUUCCAGACGAGGUCCUCUUGAUGAUACUACAAGAAUGUGGCACCACCAUAGACUACGAUCUCGCAAAGCAAAGAAACCCCAUUAGAUGUGGCAACAUUAUCUUCUCCCUAUGUGCAGGAUUGACCUGCAAGAGACUCUACAACAUCCAUUGGGGAUUAUUUGAGAAGGUCAAUAUCUAUCCAAACUGGACCGAAAGUGGGGCUGGAUACACCCUGCCUUAUGUAUGCCCGGAGUGGUGCAACUAUGAGAAGCUGAACGGCAAGCCACAUCUUUACACGCGGACAUUUAUUCCACAACAGCUUUUGGAGGAAUGGUUCAUCAGUGCAGGAUAUAGGAAGGUUACGCGUUCGCUCUAUGUAAGUCGGUGUUCUGAGGCCAGAUUUGUUAAGUGUUGA